AUAAGCGCCAAAGCAACGACUUUUUGGACACCGAGAACUUUCCUGUGCUCCUUCCCUACCUCCUCUCCAGUGCCGAUUUAUAGCCACCCAUCCCUUUCCCCUGAUCAGGGAUGGCUCCCAAACGGCCCCUCCCUCCGCCGGAGGAGGCGGAGGACGGCGGCAUAUCUCGGGCUCUCAAGCGAUGGCGGCCCUUGGUCCUAGAGGUACUGGGCGAGCAGCACAUGCAGCGGCUCUUGGUGGAGCUCGAGAAGGUGCUUCGCAGAGUGGUUCCAGAAGAACUAAGGAGAUUACAUGCCAAUCAUGUUUACCAGCCCAGCGAUCAGGACAAGGAAAUCAGGUAUCGCCUGCAUUUUCGGAACAAGCUACCAAAUGACUUUUUCACAUUCAACAGCAUUUUAGCAGAGGAUGGGAUGAGUCUCCAGAUAGCUCUAAUGGAUUCCAACUUAAGGGAGGUUAUCACUUCUGAUCCCUUAUCUUCGGUUAAGGUUGAGGUAGUUGUCAUUGAUGGUGAUUUUGUCGGUGAUAGACAUGAAUAUUGGACUGAGAAGCAGUUUAAGGAUCGUGUUGUACCUCAAAGAGAUGGUAAAGGACCACUGCUGACAGGAGAGUUGGUUAUUAAGCUGAACAAAGGAGUUGGGUAUCUUGCUCAUGCCACUUUUACAGAUAACUCGAGUUGGACAAGAAGUCAAAAGUUUAGGCUAGGUUUGAGACUUUGUCAAAGUGAAUGCAUCGAAGAUAGAGUUCAAGAAGGAAUAAGUGAACCUUUUAGAGUAAAAGAUCGUCGUGUGGAAUCAAAUCAAAAGCAUCAUUCUCCAUCAUUGACUGAUGAUGUAUGGCGUUUGAAGAAUAUAAUGAAAGGUGGUAGAUUACAUCAAAGGCUUGUGGAUGGAGGGAUCCAUACUGUGCAGCAAUUCCUACAAGCAUUCACUAUGAAUCAUGAAGGGCUGAGAAGUUUACUUGGCGACAAAGCAAAAAAGAAAGAAAUUCCAAACAAGAAAUGGCAAGGAAUUCUUGCACAUGCUCAGAGGUGUCCUGUAGGCAAGGAGCUUUAUUCAUAUAGUGUUUCAGGGCAGAAUGUUGUGCUCAUUUUCAACUCAAUAUAUGAACUCAUUGGAGCAAAAUUUGAUGGCCAAUAUUACUCCAUGCAUGACUUAACUUCAUUUCAACAGGAAUCAGUGGAGAACUGGAAAGAUCUUGCCUUUAAAAAUCGAAAAGACAUUCAUAAAAUGGAUGACAACCUUCCCCAGCCCAUCACUCCAAUAGAUGUUGCUUCAGUUCCUGCAUCAAUUUUAUUGAACCCACAAAUCCCAUAUUGUGAUGGUAAAAAUCAUGAUGAAGCAACUACCCAGGUUGGUUUUUGGCAUCAACCUAAUGUGCCAUACAAUGAGCAUUCAAAUGUUUUAUUCGGACUAGAUGACUGGACUCCAGAUCAAGCAACUACCCAGGUUGGUUUGUGGCAUCAACCUAAUGUGCCAUACGAUGAGCAUUCAAAUGUUUUAUUGGGACUAGAUGACGGGACUCCAGAUGAAGCAACUACCCAGGUUGGUUUGUGGCAUCAACCCAAUGUGCCAUACGAUGAGCAUUCAAAUGUUUUAUUUGGACUAGAAGGUUGGACUCCAGAUGAAGCAACUACCCAGGUUGGUUUGUGGCAUCAACCUAAUGUGCCACACAAUGAGCAUUCAAAUGUUUUAUUCGGACUAGAAGACAUUCCUGUUCCGGCGAACAGAGUCCAGUCAAUUCAAGAGUCUUCUUCCCUCCAAGAGCCAGAAGUUUCCAAUGGACUUCCAGUUGGCAGCAUUCCAAUGCACCCACCUACAGCAAUUGAUACUGCCUUUCGAGGACCAAUCCUACCGUCUUAUCACCCAGCCACAUGUACUGAUGAAGCAGCUACAGACGUGGGUUUCCAGCAACCUCUUCAGGACAUCUCCAGUGAGCAGGACUUCAAUCUAUUUCCACACCCUGCAUUCUUCCAUGGAAACGUAUCUGAUUGCUCAUUCGGAACUGAGACUGGUAGAGUGGAUGAAUGCAUGCUUCAGCAUGAGGGAGUGGGUUUCGAGGAUGAAGCUGUCCCAACAUCUCCUCGAAAGUGGGUUAAGCUGAUCGCUGGCCUAAAAUGUGGGCUUUCAAUUAGCAAGUACUUGGCUGCAAGAAGACUGGAAUUGUGCAUUGUAGUGUCCAAACAGUAAUGAUAAGAAGUUAUCUUGGCACACUUGGAGCAGGGUGCUGAGAGCUUGGAACAGUAUCCAACACUUGCGGAAAGAAGAUGGAAGGAUUUUUUGUAAUUCCGUAGUAUCUGCAUGCAAGUGGAGUGGUAAAGCUGAAAAUGGUAGUAAGCAGUUUAUUGUUAUGAGAGUGUAAUUCUUACCAUAUGCCAGGUUGUUUCUUAAAAAGUGAACAGUUUUAUUUUUAUAAGAGUGUAAUUGUUACCAUGAUCCGGUUGUUACUAGUACCAUUAUAGUAAAUUAUAGAUGACAAAA